AAAAAUAAAAAAAGAGCCUGCAGGUUCUAAUCAUGCUUAAUCACAUGAAGCGGGCUGGUGAAUACAGCUGGCACUAAACCCCGAGGACUACUGAGUCUCCAUGGCUCAUAACAGGAGGCCAGUUCAGUGCACAGUAGUGCCAGUCAUCAGUGAGCUCUUGAAAUGGCCCGGGAAUGUGACUUUGAGCCUGUUGUGUCUCCUCGGCCCCACGCUGCGCCGCUUUCCAUACGGGGCGGGGUGCCGCUCAGUCCGGCGCAGAGCGCACCGUCACCAGCUGCUCUCCCUGCACCGUCUGUCCGUCUCACUGCACAACAUGGGUCUGGAAAAGGAAAAAUCGGACACCAGUAUAUUUAUGGACGAAGAUGAGUUUAACAGAUCGAUAGAACCCAUCCUGUCGAAGAAGGGGAAAGUGUACACAGAGGAGCCGGACCGAGAUCCAAACGACGUUAACGCGCACUUGAAGGUUGGUUUCGAAGAUGUCAUCGCUGAGCCCAUCUCCACACACAGCUUCGACAAAGUGUGGAUAGGAAGCCACGCCGCCUUUGAGCUGGUUAAAUACAUCUUCUACCGGCUGCUGACCACGCUGCUGGCCGUGCCCAUGGCUUUCAUCCUCGGACUCAUCUUCGCGGUGCUCAGCUGCAUCCACAUCUGGUUGGUGAUGCCGAUGAUCCAGAGCUUCGUGAUGCUCUUACCGUCGGUCCAGGUGGUGUGGAGGAGUCUGACGGACAUGUUCAUCACACCGUUCUUCCACAGUAUGGGAAAGAGCCUGUCCUCCAUUCGAGUGCAGACCACAGAGUACUGAUGCGGACGCCGCUCUGUCCCCUGUGGAGAGAGAAAUGUAGGACAGCUCGAAGUCAAAGGAAAGAAAACAGUGAAUGAUGCUUGUAGUGGAAAACAUGAGCUCUUUAUAAAGACAAAUGUGAAAUCCUGAAGAGAGUCCUGCACUAAGGACUAUAAAUACAUACAACAGUGAAUUUAAAAAAGGCUUAGUAAGCAGUGAGCAUGAAUCUGGAUCACUCGCAGGGAAAAUAUCUUAAAAAAGAGACAUCUAUGUAACGUUUAAGGAGAGAUGUUUCACGUUUAGUUAUGACUUUAUAUACACUGACAUAUAUUCAUAAAAUGUGUUCAUACAUCACCCAGAGAUCUAAAAAAAGACUUUCACUUUUCAGGCAAUUUUACCAGUUAUUAUUAACCUUGAAGUUAUUUAAGCUGCAAAUCAAAUCCAUGCAGGUGGGUGUUUAGGGUUUAGUUGUCACAUCACUAGAAAAGUAAGACCUUUAUGAAAAGCUCAUGAGCGCCACCAAGAAUGUUGUUUUGCUGAUUGUGACCAAAAAAAUUCUUGUCAUUCCAUUACGUUGUGGCUGAGAGAGCCGAGGCAUCAGUGUGACGUCUCCGUUGUUGUUGUUGUUGUUAAGGCAAACAUACUGCUGAGUUGCUGAGAGAUGUAAUAUUUCUGCUUUUUCAUAUAUUGUAUAUAUUGCAAAUAAUUCAGCUAGAAGUUGAAUGUAAUGAACUGAAUCAGCGUCUGAGUAGUUCUUAUGGUUAUUAAAUGCUAAGAUGCAGCUUGUUGCACAUUUUCAGGCUUAUUUAGACUUUCAUCUGCUGUGUUGAUUUCACAGUGCAUUGGCAAUAAUAUUGGGCAUUUGCUUUUCUAUGGCCCUAAGAGUUAUUUUAAUAUGUAAUUGAACUACGUCAAAAAAGGGUUGGAUUUCAUCAGAGGGGUGGAUUUUUAAUUUAUUUUUUAUGCAACGAUAACUUCUCAACAUUUGGCGGCGUCUGAAAUGAGAGGACCUGCCUAACUGUCAUGUGAUGAAGGCGUUCCACAUUGCGUACUGUGUUUGGUUGAAGCCUCGGUUGAGCUGAGACUCCGGUACAUGCAUAUUUAAUUUAGAGGUUGUUUUUAUGCUACAGCGCUGCAGUUAGCAGGCUGGGUUUUGGAAUAUUUCUGCAGAGAGAAAGAGUUCAAACAGCAACACGAUUUUACCUUUUCUUUGCAGUGGAUUUGAUAAAGUUGAGUUUAAGGUACAAGCCUGCACAGUUCCCUCUUGCUAUGAGCUGCACAGUCUAAACUUUAGAGGUUGAUAUAGAGGGAAUCAGUGUCAGAGUUAUGGAGCUGAGUGUCAGGUACAUACUUACACACAGACACACACCUCUGAUAAACAGACACAACAUGUUGGAGUUCUUUUGUCAUCCUUUUUACUCCCGAAAAAUCUGUUUAGCUACUAGAUGUGCCACUAAAGUCCAGUCAUCCCACUGGACGUUUCUGUGAACUAGGAAUACGUUAUAUUUGUAUGUUCAUAUUCAUUUCAUGUAGUGGAUAUGUUGAAACUUUACAUUUCAACAAGGCUGUGGUUAACGUGUGGUUAGAUUUAGGCACAGGAAAAGAUCGUGUUUUUGCUUAAAAUACCUGGUUCUGGGGGGCACAAUCCCUGCUGGAGAAGCAGUGACAAAUCGCUACCAUAUACCAGCGGUUGACACCUUAAAUGCCAUUGGUAAAAAAAGAGACAGGGUGCUACAAAAUACCCACGUCUGGUGCCUAAAAGCCACUGGAAACAUAGCAGUGACUACAUCAGGUUUUGUUAUUUGUCUUGAACAGUGGUCGUCAGUGGUCUGCAGCUUUCCUUCACCUCCCAGUGAUAAAGUCAGCAUACUGUAUGUACUACGUCACUUUAGAAACGUUAAUAUGAAAUUUGCAGAUGUAACGUAUGGGUGGUUUGCAGAAACAUACAUUGCCAACAUUUUCUCUUGCGAAGAGGCUGGCUACUUUUAUCAGAAGCUAGUUGCCAACUUUGCAGUUGGUGCUGUGCAGGUAGUGUGCAGUAGGUUUACCAGAGCUUCCUUUCUGAAAACAGCUGCCUGCUGCUUCUUAAAACAGGGUCGCUGAGGUUUUUUUGUUUGUUUUUUUAUAUAUACAGUACCCGUGUGUCGCAUCUAUCAUUCUGUCCCCUCUCUAAAUUUUUUUCGGUCUGUGAAUGCAGCACAGAUGGAGCUCUUCAAGAGUAAUUUUCUGCCUGAUCUUCCUCUGUAGCAGUAGUUUGUGAUUCAUGAGUCAAAUAAUUGAUCUGUUGGUCCAUUCAGACCUGAUCAGAUCAGAUCGAUGGAUGAGAGGAGCAGCUGCUGCGAGUGAAUGCAAACUUUUACACCCAGCAGAUUGAACUGUUCAGUAUUACUUUUAAUGCGCCUGACAUUCUACUGCUCCACCUCUGCCCUGAGUAAACUCUGUGCUCCAACAGUGUGGUGCUACAUGUAUAAAUAACUGUAAUGUAUAUAUAUCUCAAUAAUUUUCCUAAUCCAGCUCCUAGUCCAGCUCCAAAAAUACAAAGUCUAUAUGUUGCUGUAGAUGUUUUAAUCAUGAUGGGCCGCCACAAACAAAUGAAUGUAUGGGAACCCCUGCAUGACAAAGCAUCUAUUUUUUGACACCUUGGGAAUAAGAAGGGUCAGCUACGGGCAUGGCUGAUAAUUCUCUGUGGAUUCAUCACCGCAAGUGACACAUUUAACGAUAUAAACUCAUCUGAUCCAUUGUUGAUAUAAAACGUGUUAAGGCACAACUCGUCAUGGCUAAAUCAACCCAAUCACCAGAAAACAUGUUGGCUUUUAAUGUUUCUGCAAACCAUGGAUAUAUACAUUUGCACGUUAUUAUGUAGUGGACCUUUAAGUUUCAGCAAUGCUGUGGUUAACAUGUCAUUAGGUUUAGGCCCAAAAACACUUAGUCAUGGUUAGGAAAACAUCACGUUUGGGCUGAAAAUAUCCAAUUUGAGGUGUACAAUGCCAGCUAGAAAAGCAGGGGUGUCUCGGUACAACACAACCGCUUUGCAUGACACUAUCCCCGCUAAUGGAUCACUCCAAAACACCCAAAACUGGAAGCUUAAAAAGCUGAUGGAAAAACGCUGACAGCUAAGACAGACGGCUACAAAACAACUAUCUUUUGAGCCUGAAAGGUCGACGCAAACACAGCAAUGACUGCAAUGGAAAAAACACCCAGCUUUAUCGUUAGUUGAUCUCAAACAGUGGUCUGCAGCUUGGCAGCCAUCACCAUACGUGACACACCACAUCUCUCCCCUCCAUCUACCAACCACAAUGGCAGCUCAUGUACCAUGUCACCUUAGAAACAAUAUGAUAGAUAUGAAACAUGCAAAUGUAUUCGUGGUUUGCAGAAACAGGUAAUGCCGACAUUUUCUUCUGGUGCCUGGUCAUGGCUCAGUGUGUUGCACCGGAGAAUUCCCCCCAGAGAACAGAACAAACUACCCUAGUAAAGUAGUAAAGUGCGAUUCCAAUAGGUGAAAUGAUCACAGUCAGAUUGUCACAAAGUGGGCAUAUGAACCAAUAAGCCUGUUACAGUUACAGCAUGCAGUUUGUUUUGGGCAGUUAUACAGAUUUUCUAGAAAAAAAGAAGCACGUGAGGUGGAUUAUAGCGUCAAACAACAUUUACCUUUUCAAAUAUUUAAACUUGUUACUCAACUUUGCACUGCAAGCUUAGCAAGCUCACCUGCUGAACUUGUAAACCGAGCGAAUCAGCCCUCUGACACAACAGAAGAUAGACACUGUAUGACGUGAUGUUUUGUUUCCAGCUGACAACUGAAGGCAGCACUUCUGUCAGAGCUUUUUAAUCCUUUCACGGAUGUUAGACUGCUGACGAGCUGCCAGCCAGUACGCUUGUGUUUAGUUUUUACAACUCUUAGAGGAGACUCAAGGUAGGGUUGUGCAAUAGUGAAAAACGCAGGUGUGUAGAUGAAGCGUCUUCUCUCCUCAGCAAAACCAUCAGGCGUUAAUCAGCCCCAGAUAUUAUUCAAAAGUUAUUUACAUUUAGACAAAUAAAUCAUUAUGUGACACCUGCAGUAAAAACAUGUCUUUUAUUUUAUUGCUUUGUAUUUUCUGGAUCUUUUUUAACUGUUGCUUUGUGGAAACAUUCAAACUUUUGCUUUAACAAACUCAGACGAGUUCUUCUUGACCAAAAAUAAAGACAUUUUUUCCUCCA